AUGCCUAUUUUCGAAUAUAAGAAUAAAGAACUGGGUUUCCUGGUGGCUUACAAAGCAGCCGGGAACGGCCGCUUGAGUGCAGCGAAGUCGGAGCAGUGGGUUAGAACCUGCGAGAGGGGUAACAACCCGUGUGAGCAGGUUUGGUCGAGGGUUGCAUCCCUCCAGCUUCUACGGCUGCCUCCGCCCGCUCCCGCACCAACGCUGGCUCACGGCGCACCCUCCGCAAACGCUGCCGACAACUUGUCUCCCGCUAGCGCUAACGAGUGGGGCGAUCCCAGCACCUGGCCGGACUACAAGCGCGCCUCGACGAACGUCUGGCGUCCGCCCUUCAACGCGAACACGGGGAACGUUCAGUUGAACAGGAAGAGGGAGGAUAUCAUGGCGAAGGGAGAGGCGCUGAAGGAGGGGGAAUAUUUGUCGGAGGUGGACGUGUGGAGCGUCCCUGAGACGCACGGGUUGGAUUCGAAGCGUCCGGGUUUGAUGAACAGGAAACCGUGCAGGCAGUGCCGCAAGCUGGGCAUGCCUUGCAUUUAUCGAGGCACUCAUAUCUGCCUGAAGUGCUACGUCACGAAGGGGAAGUGCCUCAGCGCUAAGCGUCCGAGCCGCUCGGUUCUGCGCGCGGCACCCGUCAAGGCGGAUGUCGCCAUCCGGCGGGCGUUCAUGCUCGAUCUCGAGCGGAAGGGUUGGAUCCCGCCCUUGGGAUACAAGAAAUGGUUCAAUAGGAACUGGCAGAGCCAUCAGCGCCCGAAGGGCGCCCCCCGCACCGCACCGCCCCCCCUCGCGCCUGGCCUGACGUCCGCCACGAAGGACGAGGAUUCGGACAGCUCGUCGUCGUCGUCCUUGUCGUCUGCGUCGUUGGAGGAGGAGGAGGACGAGAUUUCGGACUCGGACAGCGAGUCAAGCGAGGACGAGGAGAUGCGCAAGGCGCGCAAGGCAAAGCGUAAGGCGAAGAAGGAGGCGAAGAGGGUGAAGAAGGAGAAGAAGAAGCAGGCAAAGGCAAAGGCAAAGGCAGAGGCAAAGGCGGAGGCGAAGGCGGCAGUGGCAGCAGUGGAGGCACAUGAGGACGACGCGCAGGCCAGCCGUGUCGACGAGGACAUCCCGAUGGACGAGGUUGCGUUCGACGAGUUCGAAUCUCCGCUGGACGUUCCGCGCGUCUCCGCUGGACGUUCCGCGCGUCUCCGCCGGACGUUCCGCGCGUCUCCGCCGGACCUUCAGCCGGCUCAAUCCCCUCCCCUUCAACAACGAUGCCUCCUCCUCCGCCACCCGCUCCUCGCACCAAGCAACCGCGUCCCGCCACGCCCGAGCUUGGCGCGAAACGUCGUCACGAUACCGUGA